AUGAUGGAAGUUGACUUUGAUUCUCAGUCUGAGAAUGACUUUAUUACUAGGAAAAUGUCCCAACUUCUCCUCAAAGGCUGGGCAAUGUUAUCUGAAACUUGCUCAAAGUGUACCGAAGUCCCACUUAUGCGGUCAAAAGAUGGAACUUCCUUAUGCUGUAAAUGUUCUUCAAUUACUAAUCCCAAACCAACCAAACAAAAUGAAGAAUCGAAUGGACAAACUCUGACAACCUGUAAAAUAGAUUCCUAUAAGGCUUUUGGUCAAAUUCCAUUAAAUGGUCAAGAACUUAACUCAAUUCAUGAGGGAAAUGAUAAAUCUCUCCCUUUACCCCUAACUAAACCCGUUGAACACCCAUUGCAGAAAUCUGAUUGUGAUUUCCAAACGAAACAAAUUCGACUUCUUGAAAUUCAAAUAAAUAAAUCUCUUUCGAGAUAUGUAAAUUUAUUAUCUAACGUGAAUGUGGAAGAUGAAAUAAAUGUUGAUACUGAUUUAAAGAUACUGAAUAAUGUUGAAAAAUUAUUGAAUGUAUUAUCGACACUGAGGACUAUUUCUUAA